GCAACACUGGAACGCGGCCUUGAGUCAGUGUCACAGGCCGGACUUCUUCUGCGAGUUUAUCGGUGACUCACCCUCACACGGGGAUCCUACGUCAUUCCCUAUCGCGUGAUCGCCGACAGGAAACAAGCAGCGGCGGUUGCCUCAUUCAGGGGCGAGUGACAGAAGGCGAGACACCGAUCUACGACGCCUUCCUGAAGAUUUGUUGAAAGGGAUUCGCAAUAACUUUCCUCGGGUCGUGAUAUUGUUUUUGUUGUUGUUGUAGUUACGUGUCUGUUUUUUGUUUCUGUUUUUUUCAUUCAUUAAUUCAGUUCGUUCGCGAUGUUUUCCUCGGGUCCCAACUACAACAAGCUGAAAACUAAUCUGAGACUGGCGAUUAGUAGGCUGAAAUUAUUGGAGAAGAAGAAGACGGAGUUAAAUCAGAAAGCCAAGAAGGAGGUUGCCGAUUACCUUGCUGCAGGAAAAGUUGAGCGUGCAAAGAUCCGCGUUGAAUACUGUAUCCGGGAAGAUUAUUUGGUCGAGGGUAUGGAGAUGACAGAAUUGUACUGCGACAUGAUAUUGGCUCGUUUUGGUAUCAUAGAACAAAGCAAGGAACUCGAAGCAGGUCUUGCAGAGUCCAUAUCAUCUGUGAUUUGGGUGACCCCACAGCUUGCAACAGAGGUUGCUGAACUUAAAGUUAUCUGUGACCAACUGACACGAAAGUUUGGAAAACCGUAUGCUAUGGCCUGUCAGAGCAAGGAAGUGUCUACCAUAAGUGAACGUCUGAUUCACAAGAUGAGUGUCCAAGCACCGCCCAAAAUAAUGGUUGAAAAGUAUCUAGUUGAGAUUGCCAAUAAUUACAACAUUGAGUAUGAACCGGACCCACAGGUAAUGAGUGAUUCCCAAUGUGAGUCCCUCAUUAACCUUGAUGAGAAGAACAACCUGGGUAACAACAGUAUCUCGGCUCCAGUGGGCGGAGCGCAGAUGAAUAUUCCUCCUGCAGGAUUUGUUGGGUAUCCUGGACAGCCAAUGGCACCCUUCGCAUAUCCUCCGGCACAGGUGCCGACACCUUCACAGUCCCUUCAAGAGGGACAGGGAUUCCACAACAGCUCCAGUUUGAUGCCUCACCCUGACCAAAUUCUGCAGCCAGUUCCCGUUCCAGUUCCAGCACCACAGUCACCAGCUACACCAAAGAGUUCAUCUCCAAAGACAGGAGGAAAGCUCAGUCUUCCCUCUAUUCUAGUCACAAACCCUCAGUCUCUUACAAACUGCUUUGAAGAAUUUACCCAAACUGUGGAGGAUCACAAACCCGAAAUCAUAGUGGUUAGCGAGACGUGGUUUUCAGAAACCCGGCCAGCCACCAACUACACCCUCGAAGGAUACAAAAUGUUCAAUGACGACAGAGAGGGCAGGGGUGGGGGUGUGGCUGUGUAUGUUCUCGAUUGCCUCCACCCAAAUGAAGUAAAGCUUGAUGCUCCCCCAGAGCUAGAGUGCGUCUGGGUGGAGGUGGAUAGAAAGCUGGUGAUAUGUGGACUGUACCACCCCCCAAGAGCAGCCACAGGACCAUUGCUGAUGGAACAGAUUGUUAACUCCGUCUUGGACAUUCGUAGCUUUAGACCAGACAUUGCUAUUGCUAUUGCAGGAGAUUUCAACAACUUGCACCAAGGGCGUCUUUGUGCAGGUCUAGAAAUGACCAACCUUGUACAAGAACCCACACACAUGAACUCUGUUAUUGAUUUGGUGUUAACUGAUCACCCAGAGUGUUACAAGAAACCCAUUUUGUUGCCACCGGUGGGGCAGAGUCGUCAUCACUGUGUUCUAGUGCUGCCAAAGACUACCACAGAAAGCGAUAGUGUCCAAAUGGAUCCUGCUAGCACAGUGUUCAACUUGCCUAGUGUUCCGGGGCAAGCACCAUAUCCUCAGGCACCAUACCCAGGGGGAGCCACAGGGUACAACAUCCCCCCAGGUGGACCCCAGAACUUCCCUCCCGGCGGACCCCCUCCCCCUGAUCCUGGAGCUGAUCCUCUCCCUCCCAAGAUCAACAACAUGGAUAACGUUAGUGGGGCUGGAACUGGAACCGGAACAGGAACUGGCAAGUGGGAUGAACUGCUGGGGCUAGACAACUCACCCCCUCCUCCCUACUCCUCCUUCAUGCCUUCUGGGCACACAGGAGACUUCGGGCCCCCUCCCAAUGCGCCACCUCCUAGUUUACCUGGGGAUGGCCAGCCCGUGCGAAGGGAAUUCCCUCCAGAUGUGCCACCAGGUGCUACCAACCUCAAGGAUGGUGACAAGCCUAAGCCAAGUCCUCGUUCAAAGUUCGGCGAGGGCACGAAUGCUGAGUUCAACCUCCCAGACUUGCCCACCAUACCUGACCUACCCAGCGUCCCAGGCUCAAAUACUGUCCAGAAUCCCAACGAAACAACAGAGGAUAUUGAUUUCGACGACUUAACGAAGAGAUUCGAAGAGCUGAAGAAGAAGAAAUAAAGUUUAGUUCGCCUAUGUAAAGCAGUACGACUUGAUACAUUUUCCUUAAUUUUGAGCAAGGUCACUGGACACUAGUGCACAGUUGUCAUUAAAUAUGCUGUGGCCUUUGUAGAAUGUAUGAUGAAAAAGAGCAAAACUAUUGUUACUACACACUUCCUUUUUUUAUCAGGCUACAGAUAAGUGUUUUUUUAUUAUGCUUUGUUAAUCUUAGGUAAAAUCAGGACAUUUUCUUAAUUCUGAAUUCUUUAACUUUGCAGGACAAAGAUGUUAUUUUUCUUAGCUGAUAAGCUCUGUGUAAUUAUAAAUUAGAAUGUAAAUGGUUUGUCUGAACAGCCAUGAUGUAAUUGUGUUUUAUACUUUCAGAUCUUAGUUUUCAGUUGCUUGGCUAUUCUUAAUCAGUGCCUUGCUGUAUUUGCUAAAAUUUUCGCAGAAUAUCACAUGAAAAAAUAAAGGAUGGUCACAAUAAUAAAUAUUACCAAAAUUAUCAUGAUAAUACAAAUUUAUAAGUACUAAUGUAAAAAUAUUGAUCACAUUCAUAUAUAUAUAUAUAUACACACACAUACCAUGUAAAAUUGAUCGUUCCUAAAAAUAAAUGAUUAUAACAGAUUGCUUAA